AUGUCUCGAUUCAAGUUUUACGCCAAGCUCGCAAUUCUGGCGAUCGUCUUAAUGACUACGCUCCAUUUAGCCUAUCCUUCUGCGCCCUCCAUCUGGCAUCUGAGUCGCGUUGCUGCCGGAUACCAACAUACGGCCACCUCUAAUGCCCAUACCCAUCUUAAAGAAGAUAAGGCUGAGCCAACUUACGAUAAAGGAGAUCAGCAGGGCCCAACUUAUCAGCCCCAAGAGAACGUCGCUAUUGAAGAAGAAUCGAGUGCGACGUAUGCCACUCAAGAGAGCGUUGCGCAUCAGAUCCAGUCUUCCUCUGCAGAACAAAGUAGCCCACAAGCUCCCCAAGAGCCUGAGAAGCCGAAGGAUGAAUUCGACGACCUGCCCGAAGAAACUGCGGAAGAGCGACACUGCUUCAGGAGUGAAACACAAUCCCCUGACCCGAUCCCUAAGGUCCUGAACUUCAUAUGGCUCAAUCGGGCUGAACUGUCCUUCAUCAGCUACCUGAGUAUGCGAGCCGCGCUAGUGUCUCUCCAGCCAGACCGGAUCAAUCUACACCAUACCGGCCUCAACGAUGACAACAAAUGGUUACGGAAGCUGCGCGCUAAUCUCACCCUCAUUCACCACGACCUACACCAGGAAUAUCCGAAACAAGUCGAGGAGAACUGGCAUCUAGCUCACAUCUCGGACGUGAUGCGGCUAGACAUGAUAAAGCGCGACGGUGGGAUCUACUUCGAUAUGGAUAUUAUCGCUCUUCAACCCUUUGACAACCUGCUACAUAGCACGAAAGACGUUGUUCUCGGCCACGAGGGUCGCAACCGCGGUGGGCUUUGCAACGGCAUCCUUCUAGGGCGAAAGGGCGCUGCAUUCUUGGACCGCUGGACGGCUAGCUACAACACCUUCGAUGUACGUGAGUGGAACACCCACUCGGUCAUGCUCCCCGCAGAGUGGUCCAUCGCGUUCCCCGAAGAAAUCUGCACCCUUUCGCCACAAGUCUUCUUCUGGCCUAGCUGGGGAGACGGUAUAGAGUAUAUGCACAGGCUACUUACCGACGCCCAGGCCAGAGACUUUGAGAAGACUCUUGCCAGCCACAAUGGCAGUAUGUACCCGCAUCAACUCGCUUAUCAUGCCUGGCACCAGGUGACGCCACAGCUGGACAGCUUAACGCCCGAGAUUAUAAAGACGCAGAACACUCGGUUCAAUAUGCUGGUUCGGCGAUUUAUAGAGUAG